AUGACAUUAUCCUUUAAAAAAUCUCCCGUUCUCGUUCGACGUUUGAUUUUCGUAUUGCUCCUAUCCUCUUUAAUUGUACUCUUGACCCAAACGACAUUCCACCCCCCCCCGACCCCUCGCCCGACCCCCCCACUGACGCCGAAUGAUCCCAUCAAUAAUUGGGUCGUCAUCCUUGGCGGGGCGCGUUAUUACUUCAAUUACCGGCACACCUUAAACGCCCUUGGGGUGUACAACCUCGUUCGCUCUCAUGGCAUCGACGACGAUCACAUUCUUUUCUUUUUUAGCGAUGGCACGCCGUGCGACCCGAGGAACCCCCACGCCGGCGCCCUCAAAGUCCAAUUCGAGGAUUACCCCAACAUCCUAAACUGGUACGAUCCCUGCACACGGGUGGAUUUCUUCGCCACCAACGUCGACGUCCCUGCCUUUUUACACACCCUGCAGGGCCGAUACGACGCGACCACGGCGGAGACCCGCCGGCUUCGGACGGAUGCCCAUUCCAACCUCCUGAUUUACCUCACCGGGCACUCCGCCAAGGGCUAUUUUAAAUUCCAGGAUGCCAAGUACCUCUCCGGGACGGACCUCUCGGAGGCCUUGUCGAUGAUGCACACCCAAGGCCGCUACCGGAAGGUCCUCCUCCUCGUCGACACCUGCAAGGCACUCGAGCUUUGCCGGACGAUCACGGCGCCGAACGUCGUCUGCCUGGCCUCCUCCGAUGCCGACAAGGACAGCUUCUCCGGGCAUUACGACAGGCGCCUCGGCAUCGCGGCGGUCUCGCGCUGGACCUACGAGCUCUUUAAGGUGCUCGAGGGCGGGAGCUGCGCGGAGCCCGCGCGCGGGGCCGCCGGGGGGCUUUACCAGUCGAUUUAUGACUUUGCCUAUCAUCCCCUUCGGCAGAAACUCAAAGGCGGAGCCCCAUCGGAGCCCGCGCACAAGGACGCCGUCAACGACAAGGGCGCGAUCCAUCGGUGGACUAUGGCGGAGUUUCUAUGCCCUCACAAACCUUUGCCAGUUCCAAUAGAGGUACGGUAUGACUUAUUUUAA